UUCUGCACAGAGAAAAUGUUUAUCAGGCAGGCACUGUAACGGUAACAAAACUGGACGUAUUUUAAGAUAACAAUUCAUUCCAACAUGCAAUCGAUGAAACAACAGUAGUGAAAGUGUUUAUCUGCCUGGGGAUGAAGGUUAACCUGACAAGAAAAUGAUCUUGUAGUGGAAAAUAGACCGGGAGCGGCCAUUAAAAUCUGUAAAUAUGAAUUUGUUUGAUCAUGACUCCUCCGCGGAUAGGCUUGUCUUUCUUGCCGCUUCUGCCUCGAGUUAAUCGGCUGCGAAAAUGAGUUCGCUAGGGCUCUCUGGAGCGGAGCUAUCGCAGCCUGGGCCUUAAUAUGAAAUAUCAGAUGCUCCGCUGGCUCGGCCUGCUCAGCCUGAGCCUUCCUCUCUUGAUCUGGUUUUGGCAUGUACUCACACGGGACGGUCCGACGGCCGCCCUGCAGGGCCACGGGCUCCAGGGCUACAGGAGGAUCGGCCCCAGCCAGAAGGACCAGUUCCUCUACAUGCACUGCAGCCAGUGUGCCUUGGUCUCCAGCUCGGGUCAGAUGAUCGGAGCCGGCGCUGGAGAAGAGAUUGACAAAGUGCCCUGUGUGAUCCGGAUGAACAAUGCCCCCACGGGGGGCUACGAGAGAGACGUGGGGGGUCGCACCAGCGUCCGGGUCGUCUCUCACACCAGUGUUCCCCUGCUGGUAAAAAACGAGCGCCAAUAUUUCCAGCAGUCGGCCGACACCACGUAUGUGUUCUGGGGUCCUGAGAGGAACAUGAGGCAGGACGGGAAAGGAAGGGUCUUUAAUUCUCUGCUGAAGAUAGCCGAGAAGUAUCCAAAAGUCAAACUGUACGCUGUGACCAGGGAGAAGAUCCAGUACUGUGACAGUGUGUUUCAGAAUGAAACCGGAAAGAACAGAAUGAAGACCGGGGCGUUUCUCAGCACCGGAUUCUUCACCAUGAUUCUGGCUUUAGAUAUGUGUGACAGCAUCCGUGUUUAUGGAAUGAUUGAUAAUAACUACUGCAGUCGAGCCAAUCACAGCACUGUUCCUUACCAUUACUACGAGAGGAACCGAGUGGAUGAGUGUCGGAUGUACAAGGUCCACGAGAACACGCAGCGGGGGGGUCAUCGCUUCAUCACCGAGAAGGCCAUCUACGCUAAAUGGGCAACACGGCACAAAAUGGAGUUUAAACACCCCUCAUGGAGCCUCUAAAAAAGGUCUUAAAGAUGACUUUUGCUGGCUUUUAAUCUUCCUUGCUGAAGAUUGUUUUCUAAAAUGUUGCAUUUUUACCACUAAAAGUUCCAUUUGAUGGUGGAUGGUGAAAUAAUGCUCCAGAUGUCCCGGCAUUCAACUGGUAACCCACUCUCAGUAUUACUUACCAUUAUGUAUAGCCAUAUAUCAGUAUAGAAACUGAAAACUAAGCCACUAAACUAGAUACUAAAACCAGUUUAUACCAAAGCUUACAGUUUUCAUUUCGUCAUACCUGUGCCUUGACUUUUUAUUUAAUUUUGCAAAACGUUUUUGUAUGCUGCAGCUUCAACUUGCACCUCUACUCUAGGAAACAGGAAGUGUAUUGUUUAGGGCUGCAGCUUUUGAUUAAUCUGGCACUUAUUAUCUCAAUUAAUCGUUUCAUGUUUCGGUCAAAAUUGUCUAAAAAUUGUUUUUAAAAAAGGUCAACAGAAGCACAUUGUACCAGAACUCAAGUUUACAUUUGAAAUGACCUUGGCCAAUUUACAGUCAUAAAAGACAAAGAAAAGCAGAAAACAAAGACAAUUGUUAACUGGAACUGGAGAGUUCUUUUUAAAUGUUUGCCUAAAUAAUGAUCUCAAAGAUGAUUAAUUCCCAAAGAAGUUGCUGAUUUUCAAAGGCUAGGUAUAUGCUUGAAUUUGGAAUUUAAAACUUAAUGUGGUGUUUCAACUGCACAAUUAGUUGUGAAAGUCACACGUAAUAUUACACAGAAAAUUCAGAAUUUAAAAAUAAUUCUGUAAACUUGCAUUUAUAACAAUGUUAACACAGUUGGUUUUGGUAUCUUAAAUGCGCUUCAAAACUGUUCAAAUUGUACUUGCAACUUGCCUUGAGUGCACAUAGUUUCAGGGUUUUAAUGCUUUAAGUCUUAAGCUUUUAAUUUAACUUGUGUUUUGUGAGCAGUGUCUAGAUAUUUCCAGUGCCGUUUAACCCAAAGAGAGAUUUUGCAGUUAACACCAGUGACAGGACACAGCGGCUCGAUGUAACUGACGAGCAGUACAUGUUUCUGCAGAGGUUACUCUUCACAGAUAGUUUACAAUAAAAGGCCAACAAACAGUAUUCAAUGGAUAGUACACACAGAUCGUUGUGCUUGGUGUGUAUUAUCUGUGUUUCAGGGGUAUGAAGACCCCGUUUAGUGUCUUUUGAAACUUUGAAUGUAAUUGGUCCACUACCAUAAACACAACAUGAGUUACAUCCACCUUCACCCUUUAUAUAUUCUGCUGGUUGUUUACAGUGAAAAACAUAGCGCUGCCUUUUCAGUCACAUAACGCUUAUUUGUGACCAAUUCCAAAGACCAUAUAAGUAUUUAUACUACUGUGCAAACUACUGUGUUCUUCUGUAAGGUACAUUUCAGACAGGAGUUGUUUGAAUUAAAACGUUUUAUUGAUGAUUUGUGUUAAGUAGACUUGUGUUGUGAGGUGUACAAAGUACGAACCUGAAUGUAAACUAAACCACUGGUUACUGCAGAUAUUGGUGUCAAUGUGAAUAAAUCUGCUGACAGUC